GCAACAAAUCUUUCAACAUGAUGUCCCCCACCGGAGACAACUCGGAGCUGCUGGCCGAAAUAAAAGCAGGGAAGAACCUGAAGCCCACUCCACACAGUAAAGGCUACACCACCGUCUUCUCCAACAGCGGCCCGCCGGGCAACAACGUAGGUGGCUUCAAUACCGACACAAUAGGUAUAGGAAAGGGAAAGGGGGAUACCUAGUCAGUUGUACAACUGAAUGCAUUCAACUGAAAUGUGUCCGCAUUUAACCCAACCCCUCUGAAUCAGAGAGGUGCGGGUGGCUGCAUUAUUCGACAUCCACGUCAUGUCAGAUGAUAUGUUAAUUGUAGCAGACACUUUAUCCACACUUCACAGUGACUUAUGAUUCACAUAUUCUGUAUGGGUCAAAUGCUAACUUCUACUUAAGUCAAAUUUUCACUUGCUUUGGUGUCAAUGGGAGAGACUAAGUGAAAAUUAGACUUAAGUAGAAGUUAGGAUUUGCCCCUAAGUACGUAUUCAAGGAAAAACAUGUUACAAGCUCCAGCAUGCUGUUACCAUGCUCCAACCAACUGAGCCAUCAGAGUGGAUACUGUAGUAUUAGCAAAGCAGUUUGACUCCUUCUGGAAAAUGAGGUUCAGUAAUCUUUGUUGGAGGUAAUAUGGGAUCACUAGUCACUUAGCCCUUCUUAAAAGCGACAUUCAAAAAGCAUUCUAUCAUUUGGUCUGUUGUUGUUGACCAUAGAAAUGUUCAAACAAACUAUGCCAUCAUAUCUACUUACCAACGCAGGAGUUAGUGGUUGUAGCCAGAGUAGAACAGUAAGACACACCCCCUUUGACGUUGUCCAAUAGUGCUCGUCUUACUACUGAAUGUGGGAAGAGCAAGAGCCAAAACACAGAAAUAUUAAAACCAAAGAUAUACUUGUGAGUGAAUCGGGAUAUUUUACCUCAGACAGUAGUAGAAGUAGUCAGAACUGAGUAUUAGGAGAGACCGUAACUUCGUUUACACUUGUCGACUGCCAAUAUAUAAUCAUUGUUUGCAGUAAGCCGAGGGAAAUGGUUAUGUCAUUAUAACCAGGUUGUACAGCUAAGACUGGAGGUAGUUGUAGUCAAUAUCCACAAGGCUGCUGCUGGAUUUGCAACCCAUAUGUAACAAUACUACAUUUUACUACAGAAUACUACAGUACUUACUAUAGAAUUCUGUAGUAUACUGUAGAAUACUAUACUACACACUGUAGUAUCCCUCGCAUGUGUAGUACUUACUAUUGAAUGUUGGAGAAUACUCUAGUAAAUACUACAGUAAUGUCUGCAAAAACACUACAGUAAAUACUAUAGUAUAUACUACAGUUUUAUUUUACUACAGUAUUUAUACUAUAGUUAACUGUAAAUACUACAGCAUACUACAGUAUAGGAUCCCAGAUUGAGUGCACACCGUCGAUUGACCCAUGAAACCUCAUUGAAGUGACUAGACACACUCUGCAACAUGAGACCCGCUCGCAUUCCACAUGAUCAACAUACAGUGCCUUCGUAAAGUAUUCAGACCCCCUGACUUUUUCAACAUUUUGUUAGGUUACAGCCUUGUUCUAAAAUUGAUUAAAUUGUUUUUUCCCCCUCAUCAAUCUACACACAUUACCCCAUAAUGACAAAGCAAAAACAAAACAAAUAUUAUUACUUUUAUUUAUUAUUAUUACUUUUUGCUAAAGUAUUCAGACCCUUUACUCAGUACUUUGUUGAAGCACCUUUGGCAGCGAUUACAGCCUCGAGUCUUCUUGGGUAUGACGCUACAAGCUUGGCACACCUGUAUUUGGGGAGUUUCUCCCAUUCUUCUCUGCAGAUCCUCUCAAGCUCUGUCAGGUAGGAUGGGGAGCGUUGCUGCACAGCUAUCUCUCCAAAGAUGUUUGAUCGGGUUCAAGUCCGGGCUCUGGCUGGGCCACUCCUGCAUUGUCUUGGCUGUGUGCUUAGGGUCAUUGUCCUGUUGGAAGGUGAAGGUGAGCCUUCGCCCCAGUCUGAGAUCCUGAGCGCUCUGGAGCAGGCUUUCAUCAAGGAUCUCUCUGUACUUUGCUCCGUUCAUCUUUGCCUCGGUCCUGACUAGUCUCCCAGUCCCCUCCGCUGAAAAACAUCCCCACAGCAUGAUGCUGCCACCACCAUGCUUCACCGUAGGGAUGGUGCCAGGUUUCCUCCAGACGUGACGCUUGGCAUUCAGGCCAAAGAGUUCAAUCUUGGUUUCAUCAGAAUAGAGAAUCUUGUUUCUCAUGGUCUUGAGAGUCUUUAGGUGCCUUUUGGCAAACUCCAAGCGGUUUGUCAUGUGCCUUUUACUGAGGAGUGGCUUCCAUCUGGUCACUCUACUAUAAAUGCCUGAUUGGUGGAGUGCUGCAGAGAUGGUUGUCCUUCUGGAAGGUUCUUCCAUCUCCACAGAGGAACUCUAGAGCUCUGUCAGUGACCAUUUGGUUCUUGGUCACCUCCCUGACCAAGGCCCUUCUCCCCCGAUUGCUCGUUCUGGCCGGGCGGCCAGCUCUAGGAAGAGUCUUGGUGGUUCCAAACUUCUUCUAUUUAAGAAUGAUUGAGGCCACUGUGUUCUUGGGGAACUUCAAUGCUGCAGGCAUUUUUUGGUACCCUUCCCCAGAUCUGUGCCUCGACACAAUCCUGUCUCGGAGCUCUACGGACAAUUCCUUCGACCUCAUUGCUUGGUUUUUGCUCUGACAUGCACUGUCAACUGUGGGACCUUUAUAUAGACAGGUGUGUGCCUUUCCAAAUCAUGUCCAAUCAAUUGAAUUUUCCACAGGUGGACUCCAAUCAAGUUGUAGAAACAUCUCAAGGAUGAUCAAUGGAAACAGGAUGAACCUGAGCUCAAUUUCGAGUCUCAUAGCAAAGGGUCUGAAUACUUAUGUAAAUAAUUUUUGUUUUUAAUUUUUAGUACAUUAGCAACAAUUUCAAAAAAUCUGUAUUUACUUUGUCAUUAUGGGGUAUUGUGUGUAGCUUGCUGAGGAUUAAAAAAAUAUGUAAUCCUUUUUAGAAUAAGGCUGUAAUGUAACAAAAUGUGGAAAAAGUCAAGGAGUCUGAAUACUUAUAAUAUAAUAUGCCAUUUAGCAGACGCUUUUAUCCAAAGCGACUUAGUCAUGCGUGCAUAAAUUUUUUUUUUGUGUAUGGGUGGUCCUGGGGAUCGAACCCACUACCUUGGCGUUACAAGCGCCAUGCUCUACCAGCUGAGCUACAGAGGACUACUUUCCGAAGGUACUGUACUCUACUGCACUGUACUGUACUGUACAGUGUGACAAUUGUCCCUUUUGAGACUAACCAGACGGUGACCUCAGCCAUUUGCACAUAUCACAAUAUGAUCAUUUAACACUUGGUCAAAUGAUGACUCACUGAUGGUUGAACAAACAUGUCACUGGAUGGUUGCUUUUAAUGCUGUUGACUGUGCACUCUGUCACUGUGGAGAAGAAUUGAGGAAGUCUAAAACUCUGUGACCUGACUCGAGCCAUUGUUCUCCUCCUGGUAGCAGAGCUGGCCUCCACCCCCACGCUUGGUUGCAUAACAUGGAGUCAGCCCAAAGCAUCCACUCAGCGAACACAAUAAGCAAUUCAAUACUAGUGGCGCUCUGUGUGGGCGUUGUCUUGUCUUCUUAAUUGCUGUGUGACACAUCAAAGCAACGUGUUAGGUUCUCCAGUUAUUCUAUAGGCACUCUGGCUCAUUUCAAAUACACUCCCCUAAGGUUUUAUUUGGCUCUAUACUCCAGCAUUUUGGAUUUGAGAUCAAAUGUUUUAUAUGAGGCGACAGUACAGAAUGUCACCUUUUAUUUUAGGGUAUUUUCGUGUAUACAGUUGCGACCAAAUAUAUUGGUACCCUUGCACUUUUCUUAAAUAAUUCCCUAUUUCUUCUCAAAUAAGUUGAAAUGUAAAAACACUUUUAGUUCUCCACACCUUGUUUAUUCGAUUUUCAACAUUGCUGAACCAAUUGUAUUUUUGUAAACUUAAAGGGAAAUUUCACUGCUGCUCUAUUUCAGUAUAUAUAUGACCAUUAAUAUGUUAUUAACUUAUCAUGUGUGUCAUAAAAAUUGCAACAUGCAAAUACGAGCGUUUCUGCAUCUCACCGGUAUAAACGGGCCAUCUAAGAUUCCUGGUUGUAAGCAAACCACAAUAUCCAGAAUUCAUAGCGAUUUCAGGACGUAGUGGAGAAAUAUCAAAAUGUCUGUGUUUGUGUUGAAACUGAUGGGGUUGCCAGGUUGUCGAACGUUGAAAAGUGAAGCUAUUCCAUUGAUAUUCCCCAUCACUUCAAAGAGGAAGGCACCCGAUCAGCCAACAUCAGUGCAGCAGAAACAAAGUCAAUCUGAGGUAAAGGUAGCUAACUAGCUACAUUUGUUUAUCUAAACCAAAAUCUAACUAGCUAGCUUUCAUAAUAAGCUGGCUAAACAUUCCAAAGCAAAUCAAUGUAAUUAGCCAGCUGCUAUCUGGCGACAUGAUUUGUAACUUUGCAAUGUUAGCUUCGUUAGGUUGCGUUAGCUAGCUACAGCCUACCGGACUGUAUCUAACCGUUAGCUAGCUAGCGAACUAACUACCACAGAGGCUAACAUGAUUGUGUUUAGAGUCCGAUCCCAUCAACACCUGCCGAGGCAUCAACAUCAAGCUCAGCACCAGGAGCUAUUGUAAGUCACCUUUGCUAAAUCUUUCCAUGACUCGAUGAUGAACAAAUAAAUACACUGGAGCUAGGCAUAAACAUGGUCAGUGUCUUGUUGUUAUAGUUGAUGUGUUUACAAGUAAGCUACAACUUCAACUGUAGUUUUCUCAAUAUUAUGGAGGCUUAGUUGAUAGUUCAUGCAAAGCUUGAAAAUGGAAAAAAUAGGUAUUAGGUGUGACUGACUGGUGUGUGAAGGUUAGUAUGCAUGAUCUAUUGACAUGAGGGGGGUGGGUAGAUAUAGUACCUUGUUUGAGUGUGUAUUGAUGGGGACAAAGUAGUAAAAUGUUGGCUAAUCACUGACUACUGUGUGUGCUACAGACUAAUCCUGCUGCUGAUGACGAUGACCUUAACACCAGCUUUAGUAGUACAGAGCCCGUAGACCCAUUGGAUUAAAGCUUUCAGCCGGGAACAAGCUCAACAUCAUCUGACUCGGAAACAAGCCAGGACAGCCAAAGGCUUUUAUGAAAGCACAAUACCCUCUUGAGAAAACAAAAUCACCAAUACACUACACUGUCUACAAGACAAGUGCUCCUCAAACUUUUCACACCCUUGUAGUCAGUUCUUUGGCAUGGGUAGAGGGGCUGUUAGUAUACACUUCUAGCCUAUUAAUUCUUGUUGGCAGUGUUUGUCUACUCAACAGCACAACUGUAGGUGCUCAUACACAACAAUACACGACUAGACUGUCUACACGUCAAAUCCCCCUCAAACUUUUCACAUCUUUGUUAGCAGCCCAUCUCAAAGCCCCAUUAUUGACUCUGAGUGUAACAAAACACAUACCAGUCUACUGUACCCUGUUUUGUUUACAGAUUUAACAUGGUUUCUUGUAUGGUUACACAUCCUCUUGAUCAGUCUUCAUGUUUUACACAUCCUCAUCAUCAGUCUUCAUGUAAUAAUAAUAAUAAUAUGCCAUUUAGCAGAUGCUUUUAUCCAAAGCGACUUACAGUCAUGCGUGCAUACAUUUAUUUAUGUAUGGGUUGUCCCGGGGAUCGAACCCACUACCUUGGCGUUACAAGCGCCGUGCUCUACUAGCUGAGCUACAGAGGACCACGUCUUUCCAGGAGACUUGCAGUACAAACAAUUAUUCUGCAAGAGGUCAAAGCAGUGGGUGGUGAAGAAAGUGUACAAGCCCAGAACGCACCACUUCAGGGAGAGGCUUGUCCACCUAGUUAUGGAGUGCAGAAAAUACCAGACUGUUGUCUACAAGAAGCCAGAGUCACAGCUCCCCAAACCCUGCCAACAUUGCCACAGCACCACAGCCUGCUAAACCAGAUGCCAUUACCCAACACAAGAAGAGGUGCACCAGCUGAAGAACAUUCUGGAACCUGCCUGGAACAUUCAACCAACACAACAUCUAUAUUCAAUUAGACUGAUGUUGUAGUAUAAUAUAGAAUACCUAGUAUGCUCACAACUGCAUUGUGGUAUAGAUAUUGGUAGCGUUUGUACAUAUGUAUAUAAUGGUGUUUUUUAUAAUAUAUGUGUACUGACAAGUGAGUGAAUGAUUCCUACUGCAUCAGAAACCAAUAGUGUUGAGUUCAACCUCUGGAUCAAAGCAUUGUGAUAUUCAUGAAAUGUAUUUGGAUAAACUAGCUACAAUAUUACUGCUAAAACAAAUGAUGCAGGGAGUUGGCGUAUCAUUGACAUUUUAAUUUGUUGGCAAGUUGUUGGCAAACAUGUUUAAAUAAAACAGUAGAUUAGUCUGUCAAUAUAGCAAAUAAGUAGACAUGGCUUCGAGACAGUUUAUUUGCUCUGGAGACUGAGGUGAGUUUACACAGCAGUAUGCAGGAACAGUUAUGGCAAUGUAUGACAUAUACAGUAGAAAAAUAUACUACUAGCGCCUAUAAUAAAUACUUAAGUUCUACAAAGGGAAUACUUGCAUAUGGUGUGUUUGGGUAGUGCAGUGAGGUGUUCGCAGUCACUUUGAUACAAGGGGUAAUUGUUGUUAUGGGACCUUUCACGUCUCCUCUUGAGUCAUCAACUUCUUUGUAUCCAAGUGGUAUUGUCUGUGAGGGAGACAAAAACGCUAUUAGACAUUCAUGGGCAAAUAUUGCGUACUGUCUAUUCCUACUGUAGCAGCAUGAUGUAAUAAUAUGAGAUCUCUCACAGACACACAUUAGCUAGCUAGCUACAACACACAGGUAUAGUUACUCCAAGACUAAUAUGAGUCAUAAAGCCAAAGUCAUUCCUUUACUCUCUCAUCAAAAUAUUUAUCCAGUUUUGCGCCUAAUGAGAUGCACAGAGGUUAGCUAGGCUCUAUUGAACAAGGGCAACCAUAUCUACUCGCUGCUAGCGUGAUCAUGCAACGGCGAAACACAAAGGCCACAAUAAUUGCUACAAAACAUGACUACAUUCAUUUUUAGAACAGACAGCAGGCUCAAUCAACCAAUGGUUGAACUCUCCCGGUGUGAAAAUUCUAAAAUACUGCUAUAGUGCAUAAUUAUGUCUGAAACACCUCUCAUCAAUCAGAAUUAUGUAGGGAUACUGGAAAAACACCCAAAAUAGUGUCUAGCUGUGAAGUUUACCUUUAAGUUUACAAUUGUAAUUUAGAAAAUAAAGACAAGGCAUGGACAAAAUUAUUGGCACUCCGGAGCUAGUAUUUGGUUAUACAGCCUUUGGCCAAGAUAACUGCAGACAAACGCUUCUUGUAGCCAUCAAUGAGCUUGCUUCACCUUUCUACUGGCAAUUUGGCUAACUUUUCAGCAGAAAACUUCUCUAAUUCUUCCAUGUUUGAGGGGUGCCCUCCACCAACUGCUGUUUUCAGCUUUUGCCAUAGGUUAUGGAUGUGAUUCAGAUCUGAACUCUUCGUUGACUACUCGAACAGCCCAGUGUUUCUUAUUGAACCAUUUCAGGGUACUUUUGAUGUGUGUUUGGUGUUGUCCUGCUGGAGGAUCCACAACCUUCAGCAGACACACCGUUUUUGGACCAUGGGUUGAACAUAGCAUUCCAAAACACCCUGAUAAUCUGCUGAUUUCAUGAUGUCUUGCACACGUGCAGAUCUGAAUCACAUCCAAAACCUAUGGCGAGAUCUGAAAACAGCAGUUUACUAAAAUAAAAUUGGUUCUGCAAUGUUGAAAAUCCAAUAACAAGGUGUGGAGCCCUUUUUUUUCUUCAAAGAAAUAGGGAAUUAUUUAAGAAAAAUGCAAGGGUACCAAUAUAUUUGGCUGCAACUGUAUCUGUUUUACCAUUUUAGAAAUGAAAGCAGUUUAUGUAUUAUUCGCCCCAUUUGAGGGUGUCAUAAGUAUUUGGACAAAUUCACAUAGUGUAUUAAAGUAGUCAAAAGUUUAGUAUUUUGGUCCCAUAUACCUAGCUUGUUGGAUGAAUUUGCAGUUUGUUUUGGUUGUGUUUUGGAUUAUGUUCAAUAGAAAUUAAUGGUAAAUAAUUAAUUGUGUCAUUUUGGAGUCCCUUUUAUUGUAAAUAAGAAUAUAAUGUUUCUGAACACUUCUACAUUUGAUGUGUACCAUGAUUACGGAUAAUCAUGAAUAAUGAUGAGUGAGAAAGUUAGAGGCAUAAAUAUCAUACCCCCCCCAAAAAUGCUAACCUCUCCUGGUUAGCAUGUUCUGGGGGAAUGAUCUUUGUGCCUCUAACUUUCUCACUCAUUAUUCACAAUUCAUUCAGGAUUAUCCGUAAUCAUGGUAGCAUUAAUGUAGAUGUGUUCAGAAAUAUUAUAUUCUUAUUUACAAUAAAUGUGAUUCCAAAAUGACGCAAUUCAUUACUUACCAUUAAUUUCUAGCACAACCAAAAUACAUUUGAAAUGCAUCCAACAAGUUUGUAGAGUAACAAGCAAGCUUGAUGUGGUCAUUGCGCACUAGGAAUAUGGGACCAAAAUACAACACUUUUGAAUGCUUUAAUACACUAAGUUAAUGUUUCCAAAUACUUAUGGCACGUUUUAAAUGGGGGACUAGAUGCACAAGGUGAUUUCAUUCCUAAACGGUAAAACAGGUAUGUAUGGAAAUACCCUCAAAUAACAGGUGACAUUCUGUACUGUCACUUUAAAUAAAACAUUUGCUCUCAAAUCCAAAAUGCUGGAGUAUAGAGCCAAAUUAAACGUUUUAGCUUCACUGUCCAAAUAAAUACAUAGGGGAGUGUACAUACAUAAAUAUCUUGGUUUCUGUCAUUCGUCAAUGUUGUAGAUUCUAUGAAGUUGUAUAUUGCAACUGAGCCCAUGUAGUUUAAGCCAAGGACAAAUUCCUGUUUGACUUUUAUACCCCUCCCCUCCUCUGCCACCCUCCAGGGAGAGAGCCCUACGUCCCCGCCCCAGACCCGCACGGUCAGCCCGCCAUCAGCCAAGCCCACGUCCCCGCCCCCCGCCACUUCACCACCCACCACCCCCAGCCCGGUUGGCACCGGCACGCCCCGGACCCUCUCCACCUCCCAGAGCAGCGAGCAGCUCCUCAAUGGGAAUGGCAGCGGAGCAGCGUCGGCAUCUAGCCUGAUGGGCCAGACCCGGAAGGGUAGCCUGGCGGACGUGGAGGCCCUAGUGCCCACACACGACGAGCAGGGCCGGGCCAUCCCCGAGUGGAAGAGGCAGGUGAUGGUGCGCAAGCUCCAGGUCAAGAUGCAGGAGGAGGAAGAACACAAACGCAAGGUAGGCGUUAAUGGAGAGGGGGUGAGAGAAAGAUAGAAGUCUGAGUGUGAUGAGAAAGAUUCACAGUUUCAGCUCUCCUUUUUGUGCUACUGUCACAUAACUGGUGCUGGGGGAAUACCAGGGUCAAAAGAGGUUAAAAGGGUUUGAAAGCACAAGGAGGAUUGCUGAAAUGUGGGUUGGUGUGCGAUUUUGGUGGGUUUGUUUUGUUUGAACGCAUGCUCAAGCCUUUGCUGUAUCUUUUGAAAGAGCUUGAUAUGGCCAUCACUGCAUGUCAAUAUAGGAUAUGGAUUAUAUUCCUUAAAGGGAGCUGGGUUUGGUUUGAGUAAGAACAUAGUUGUGGUGCUUCUGAUGUUUUAUGGCAGUAUCUGAUGGUUGAUUUUAUAAUCUGAAUCGAUUUGUUGAUUUUAUAAUCUGUUUAGAAGUAGGCAGGUUGUAGUCAGAUGAUUGAUUAGUUGGGUUUGAGGACUUCUACACGAGCAGUCUACUUUAAUUCAUUACUUUUAAGUUUUAAUAUACAGUGCCUUCGGAAAGUAGUCAGACCCCUUGACUUUUUUCAUAUUUUGUUACGUUACAGCCUUAUUCUAAAAUUGAUUUUUCUACACACAAUACCCCAUAAUGACAAAGCAAAAACAGGUUUUUAGAAAUUCUUGCAAAUGUAUUACAAAUAUAAAAAGGAAAUAUCACAUUUACAUAAAUAUUCAGACCCUUUUCCUCUCAUCAAUCUACACACAAUACCCCAUAAUGACAAAGCAAAAACAGUUUAUAUUUUAGUAAAUGUAUUAAAAAGAAAAAACUGCUAACAUUUACAUAUGUAUUCAGACUCUUUACUCAGUACUUUGUUGAAGCACCUUUGGCAGCGAUUACAGCCUUGAGUCUUCUUGGGUAUGACGUUACAAGCUUGGCACACCUGUAUUUGGGGAGUUUCUCUCAUUCUUCUCUGCAGAUCCUCUCAAGCUCUGUCAGGUUGGAGGGGGAGCGUCGCUGCACAGCUAUUUUCAAGUCUCUCCAGAGAUGUUUGAUCAGGUUCAUGUCCGGGCUCUGGCUGGGCCACUCAAGGACAUUCAGAGACUUGUCCCCAAGCCACUCCUGCGUUGUCUUGGCUGUGUGCUUAGGGUCGUUGUCCUGUUGGAAGGUGAACAUUUGCCCCAGUCUGAGGUCCUGAGUGCUCUGGAGCAGGUUUUCAUCAAGGAUCUCUCUGUACUUUGCUCCGUUCAUCUUUGCCUCGAUCCUGACUAGUCUCCCAGUCCCCUCCGCUGAAAAACAUCCCCACAGCAUGAUGCUGCCACCACCAUGCUUCACCGUAGGGAUGUGCCAGAUUUCCUCCAGAACAUAGACGCUUGGCAUUCAGGCCAAAGAGUUCAAUCUUGGUUUCAUCAGACCAGAGAAUCUUGUUUCUCAUGGUCUGAGAGUCUUUAUGUGCCUUUUGGCAAACUCAAAGCGGGUUGUCAUGUGCCUUUUACUGAGGAAUGGCUUCCGUCUGGCCACUCUAACAAAAGGCCUGAUUGGUGGAGUGCUACAGAGAUGGUUGUCCUUCUGGAAGGUUCUCCCAUCUCCACAGCAGAACUCUAGAGCUCUGUCAGAGUGACCAUCGGGUUCUUGGUCACCUCCCUGACCAAGGCCCUUCUCCCCCGAUUGCUCAGUUUGGCCAGGCGGCCAGCUCUAGGAAGAGUCUUGGUGGUUCCAUACUUCUUCCAUUUAAGGAUGAUGGAGGCCACUGUGUUCUUGGGGACCUUCAAUGCUGCAGACAUUUUUUGGUACCCUUCCCCAGAUCUGUGCCUCGACACAAUCCUGUCUCGGAGCUCUAUGGACAAUUCCUUCGACCUCAUGGCUUGGUUUUUGCUCAGACACGCACUGUCAACUGUGGGACCUUAUGUAGACAGUUGUGGGCCUUUCCAAAUCAUGUCCAAUCAAUUGAAUUUACCACAGGUAGACUACAAUCAAGUUGUAGAAACAUCUCAAGGAUGAUCAAUGGAAACAGGAUCCACCUGAGCUCAAUUUCGAGUCUCAUAGCAAAGGGUCUGAAUAAUUAUGUAAAUAAGGUAUUUAUGUAUUUAUUUUUUUAUUUUAAUUUUUCUACAAAUCUGUUUUUGCUUUGUCAUUACGGGGUAUUGUGUGUAGAUUGCUGAUUUAUUUUUAUUUAAUCCAUUUUAGAACAAGGCUGUAACUAAACAAAAUGUGGAAAAAGUCAAGGGGUCUGAAUACUUUCCAAAGGCACUGUUUGUGAUUAGAUGAAUGACAAUCCUUUUCAGAGGUUAUGUUUUAAGUCUUUUUAUGGGUCAAUAAGUUAGUAUGUGUAGUCGAAGUCUCUGGUCUGCCUGGCUGCUUGCUACUAGUAUCUGUGCCCUUAGUAUCGGCUACUAUUACCUGUGGGAGCUUGAACAUAAAUUAUUCUUCACAAUUGCAGCAGUUUAUCAUAAUACAAGUAACACAAUUGUGUCUUGAACAAUAAAAACAUUAAUAAUUGAUUGACAGGUUAGAACUGUGCAUGUAUUCCCCAUGGCGAAUGUCCCUAAAGCAGUUUGAGGGAUUCUUUGCUAAUGUCCCUCUUUUAGGACUAUUGAUAAUAGGCCUAUCAGGUGUUUGUUAAUUUAUAUAUUCUAUAUUUUAUUUAAACAUAUCACUAUCAGAUUGCUUUGUUUUGACUGGAACGUUGAAUAUGAUUUCAGAUACUUAAGUCAGUACCUGUUCCAUCCAAGAUGUUGGGCAUUGACAACUGUACUAAUAUAGUGACAGAUGCCUUAAUUAUUUUUAAGUCCAUGAAGAACCCAUACAUGGUAUGCUGAUAUAACCAUUUCCGAAUGUAUGAGUACUAUCUAAAUGAUGCUGAAUGUAAUUGUAGCCCUUCCAUCAGGCCAUGCAGAUACUGUAUAUCCUGCUUUGGUAUAUUGAGUUCAUGGGUCACAACAAAUGCAUGCAUUCUUUUUUAUUUUACUUGAGUUUUGUGCUGAACCCAGGCCCUGCAGAGUGUGGUGAAAUGCAUACUUACAGGCUACGGUGCCCAUUCCAAUACUAGCCCGUUUAAAAGCCUGACAUGCAGUAGGAUCUGGCUGACGGCUUCACAGUGUGGCUAGUACUCGGAGAUGGAGCAGUGCAGCUCUAAGUCGUUACAUGCUGAUUCAGUGGUGUGAUGCAAGGCCUAUUCACACUAGCUCAAUGUCCAUCCACUCACUCCACGUUAUCUACUUCUUUGAGGAUGCUUCUGUGGGUUUCUUUUUUGCUAUGGAUAAGCCUAUUAAAACUCCCUAUAAAACCAAUAGUGAUUUAUAAAACAACCCUAUUCUCACACAAUUAUAAUGAAAUACUAACUAGGAAAGAGAAUAAUUAAUUUGCCCCAAUGAUCAAAACAGAAUAGUGAACUUUUUUUUAUCAUGACAUCAAACUUGAACAUUCUAUUUGAAGGUCUGCUUGUAAACAGCUUAUAACCAUUAAUUACAUAGUUUGUUAACCAUUUAAAUUAAAUAGAUACAUGUAUAAGCCUGAUCCUCUCUGUCAUAAUUGAUUUAUUCAUAUACAAAUAAUAUUGAAUGAUUUACAAACUGUUAACUAAUAGUUAAACUAUUAAAUAAUUAAUUAUAAGCAGUUUAAAAGCAGACCUCCAAAUAAAGUGAACCCAUACACCCAACCAUAUUCAGCCAGCAGUUGUGCGCUGAGGAUUUUUCCACCCUGCUUUCAUAAAGGAGUAGCCUCUGCCCUGACUCUCAGCUAAUCUAGGAGGUAUGAAGCUUGUACUGAGGCAGUGCCAUUGCACCACUAAAUCCAUGUAAAUCCUGUGUGACGAGGAAGUAUGAACAUGCGCCGUGUGUUAACAGUACGCCAGGAAGUGCAAGCUGAAGGAACUUCCCCCUUCCCCCCUCUUUUCUGUUGUUCUUUGCUGUCCCUUGACCUCUGAUCUAGUUUGCGGCCAGUGGACACUACCAGCCUCAGGAGUGGCACUACUCUCACGUCCACAAUGCCAUCCUGGGCCCCUUCGGAGAGCUGAUGAUGGAGGACGACCUCAUCCGCAUUGAGAAGCAAAUCGAGAACUUGCAGGUCAUGCACAAGGUGACGGAGGUGGAAAAGGAACUGGAAGAGUUGGAGCGAGAGCUUCAACAACUCCUUCCCGUGUCUGCCGCCCUCAACCAGGAGCACUUCUACAUCAACCCCAAGCAAGUUCACGGGCAAGCGGAAGAUCUACCAGCCUGGUGCAGCAAAAUCUCAACGCUGCUCAAGAGCAUGGCUAUUCUCCUGGCCACCCUGGGAGGCAAGACGAUAGACAUCUUGGAUUUGAUAUCUCCCGGAUACGCUCAGGAGGAAGCGAGUAACAAUAGGAUGGGCCAGAUGACCCCAGCAGUGUCCAUUGCCACUGGGGUCAUUGGACGAUCCCAGUCGUUCUCCACCAGGGAGGAGGUGGAGAAGGAGAUCAAGCAGUGUGGUGUCUCUGUGAAGAACCUGAAGGCCAACUAUGAGAUUAAGAACCAGUUCCAGUUUGCCGACGACAAAACGAACCGGGUGUACAAGCGCAAGAGGUCCCUCCCUGUGGUGAGCGAGUCCAGUUAUCGCCCCGAGCCGAUUCAGGAGGACGAGGUCCCGUGUUCCCCUGCAGAGGCCCUCCAGUCCCCUAACAACGGAGUCCUUCCUCCAGUCCAGGAAUCUCUGCCUCUGGUGGAGGAACCUCUAAUCAUAUCAUCUCAUGCUCCUCUUACAUACCAGUCUUCCGAAGUGAUCCCUGAGUCAGAUCAGUUCAACCAGGUUCUGUCUACAGACCCUAUACUGAACCACGAGCAGCUGACGCGGAGCCUGGAGGUGCAGACGGACAUGAGCUACGUCCAGGAGUGCAUCGAGAUGAGGAAGGAGCGGAUCGUCUUCUUGUUCCUAGAACACUGGAGAAAGUACACCCUCUCAGAGUCCUACAGGCCAAAGUACACAGGCAGACGGGGAAGUCUAGGGGUGGGUCUGGACGACUAUAACCGGUUCACCGCUGAUCUGGACGGAGACAUACCGAGUGAGGACGACAAAACACUCCUGUUCAUGAAGUCCAGGCAAGUGGUCGGGAACCUGAUUGGCCACUGGAGGACCAUCAUGAGCCAGGUGCCCACGCGCCAGAUCCGCCGGCUCAGUCGGGCCCAGAUGAUCUACUGGCCGGAGCACUUCCUGCCGCACGUUAAUGGAGCACUGGUCAGCUAUGAGACCCUGACCCUAGACCUCUUUAUGCUGGGCUACUUCCAACUCCUAGAGAUGAGCAUGUCGCGCAGCGAGCGCAAGUUCCGCCACCUACUGUGCUACGAGAUGUUUGACCGCCUCGGCAGCUACAGCUGGGAGCUGAUUCGCCAGUUCCACCGCGAGGUCAUGGAGGAGAUUGAGCAAGGGAAGCGGGACUGGGGGGACAGCUUUGAAGACAUUAAGCAAAAGUCCUUUGGUGACUCUGCGGACGGGGGAGGAAUGAUGACCGCCUCGCUACUUUCAAUUGCUCCUGACGUGCCGGUAGUGCCAGUCCAGGAGCCGUUGCCUGCCCCGGAACCAAACCUGUAUUUGCCUUUGACUGCUGUACAGGAUAGUGUCCAGCUUACUGCUCAGGACUGCAUUAACCAUGCAGAGCAGAGUGCAGUGGAGGACACUGUUCAGGCAGAUGUGAACCCUUCUGAACUGAGUCCAAUGAAUGGGCCUAUGCAGGAUGCUGUGAAACCUGAAAGUGUAGCACAAGAGAGUGUUCCAAAAGACACAGUUCAAACAUAUGUGCAGGAUUCUGCGCAGAAAACUGGGCAGGAUACUGUUCAGGAGGCUUUGCAAGACUCAAUAGUCCAGGUUGUGACAACUGAGACCACAGUACAGAAUAUAGGGAAGGGUGUGACGCAGGACAUUGCACCUGCUCCACUUCAAGUCACCAUAGUCACACCCCUAUAUGAACCUCCGCACAGAGAAGAGCCCAAUGAAGACUCAAUCAAACUGAUCUACGAACUGAAAGAGUUCAGCAAUGAGGAGAUCAGCAGAUAUAUUGAGCGCAGCUUUGCCUUCUGGAAGGAAAAGGAAGCUGAACUGUUUGAUAUC